CACCAUAACAUUGGAUGGCAACCGCAGAUAAACACCACCGAAGAAGAAGAAUGGCCGCCACCAUGAGCAAGUCUAAUUGGUUUCGGUUGAACAGUUUUCAGAUAUUUGAUUUAAUGUUUAAUCAGCGAAACAAUCAUAAAUUAACAUGUCUGUUUACUAUUGUCCUUAUUUUAACGUGUCAGUGUCUGGCAGACGAUGGCUACGAAAUGGAUGACUUUUUAAAAAGGGAGCACUCGCUUACCAAACCAUACCAAGGGGUGGGCUCCUCCAGUUCCUCCCAUUGGGACCUGAUGGGCAACGCCAUAAUCACCACUGAGCAUGUGCGACUGACCCCUGACUUGCAGAGCAGACAAGGAGCAGUUUGGAGCCGCAUUCCCUGUUACCUGAGGGACUGGGAGCUGCAGGUGCACUUUAAGAUCCAUGGUCAGGGGAAGAAGAACCUGAAUGGAGAUGGAAUGGCUCUGUGGUACACCAAAGAACGCAUGCAGACAGGUCCUGUGUUUGGAAACAUGAACCUCUUCACCGGCCUUGGAGUAUUUUUGGACACCUACCCCAAUGAAAAUAAUAACCAUGAGAAGAAGUACAGCCCUUCAACUCAGAGGGUGUUUCCAUACGUGUCAGGUAUGGUGGGAAACGGGACUCUGGCAUAUGAGCACGAUCGUGAUGGCCAGUCUACGGAGCUUGGCGGGUGCACGGCCCUAGUGCGCAACAUUCCCCAUGACACCUUCCUCCUCAUCAGAUACACCAAAAACAGACUGACUAUACAGAUUGAUGUUGAUGGCAAACAGCAGUGGCGGGACUGUCUGGACCUACCAGGGGUGCGGCUGCCUCAGGGCUACUUCUUUGGAGCCUCCUCUGUUACUGGAGACCUGUCAGACAACCAUGAUCUGAUCUCUAUGAAGCUGUACCAGCUGACCGUGGAGCGUCCUCAGGAGGAAGAGGAGGAGGAAGAGCUCACUGUCCCCAGUGUUGAUAACUUUGAGCAAUUGAAUAAAGUGGAGGUGCAAGAGGAGGGGAUGAGUGGAGUCCAGCUCUUCUUCACCAUAGUCUUCUCCAUCAUCGGUAUCUUCGUACUGGGGGUGGUGGCGGUGGUCAUGUACGGGCGCUGGAAGGAAAACAGCCGCAAACGUUUCUACUGAGAGGAGAGAGGGAUAGUCCGUCAGCAUCCCAAAUGGCUCCCUAUAUAGUGCACUACUUUUGACCAGGGCCUAUAGAGCUCUAGUCAAAAGUAGUGCACUCCAUAAGGAAUAGGGUGGCAUUUGGGAUGCUGUCUGAGAGAGGGGGAUAAUCUGUGAAGGUGCGCAAGAGCCUGUGAAGGAGCACAGAUUUUUAAACAACAUACAACCAACAUGCUGUCUGCCAUACAUAGCUUUACUACAUAACAAUCCCCUUACUUCAAUAAUACCUCAACUGAGAGAAAUGAACCUAUCUCAGCCAAAAUAAAUCAAAUGUGACCCUUUUCAUUUUUAAUACUGUGA